UCCAGAACGUAAAUAGUCUGGAGCCUUGUUCCAAUUAUACGGCAACUGUAACGGCAGUGGACAUGGAUGACAUGGCGUCAUCUCAGGUCACUUCCAGGUCUUUCACCACAGAAUAUCAAGCUCCAGGAGUUGGUGACAUAACAGUGACGAAGGUGACUCCUGACUCGCUGACAGUGGUGUGGCAGGAGCCUACCUCAGCGCCCCGCUGCACUCAAGGAUACAAACUUGUGCUGAGCUCGGAUAGACAGUUCAAGCAGCAGAUAAACGAGACAACAGUUGGUAUAUCAGAGAGCAGGACCUACACUUUCACUGGGCUCUACCAGUGCACUCUCUACUACAUCUCUGUUCAAGCUAUGCCAAAUCAACAAAUUAAAUACACAUCCUCGUUUACUUCUGUUAUAAGUAAUGCGACAGUUAAGGAUCUGACCACUGACAACGUUUAUGAAGACCGAAUAAAAGUUUCUUGGAUACCUUUUGAUCCUUGGCUUAGCUGCGUUUUAGAGUAUAAGGUGGAGGUAAUAUCAGGGCCAUUCUAUUACAACAUUCCGACUAAUAACACGGACUUGGAAAUCUCCGGGUUAGAGCCUUGUACAACUUACGGCAUUCACGUGACGGUUCUGUUUUGGGGAGGCUGGCCGUCGCAACAGUCAGCUGGUAUAACAGCACGCACACUCCCAGGAGGAAAGCAUUUGAAUGAAACAGUACAACAAAUACAAGUACAAAACAAAAGUGACAGAUCCCUGACUAUCUCUUGGCAAGGUCCAAAGUCCGGAAUGAAUUGUGUGGAUGGUUAUAUAGUUUACAUUCAAGAUUCAAAACGUUAUAGGGUUUCUUCUGAGCUGACCAACCAUACCGUUUUUGAGUUCACCAACCUCAAACAAUGUGAGGUUUACUAUGUCCAUGUCAGGCCUCACUACUAUGGUACUACCAGCACUGCUUCUACAUUACAUCAGCCCAAAGACUCAUUCAUAGUGACAAAUACUACAGCUCCAGACAAUGUUGUGGUGGAUUUACGAAUGAAGGCUGGGUGGAACAGCCUGCAGCUGGACUGGACGCUACGAGACUUAUAUCGCAACUGUGUGAGUGAGUAUGUUGUGCAAGUUUGUUCAACGGACUGUCUGGAUAAGGUGACGGUACACGGUAUGACGUACUCUGUCUCCAACCUGAGUGUCUGCACAGUGUACUCGGGCUCAGUAGUGGUCAAGCUCUCCGAGACCAGGUCGUCCACCAGGAAGGCGACCUUCUCUCAGCUGACCAGGUCUGCAGAUCCUUAUAAGUCACGAUCGUUCCAUGUAGUAAAAGUCACAACAAACACAGUAGAGUUUCGAUGGGAAGUGUGGAAAAUGCCAUCUGCAUGUGCCAGAGAAUUCGUUUUGUCAACUUUCAGCACAAAUGGUUCUAUUAUUGCGAAGAAGGAACUCGAUUACAGUCAUAGGAAUUACACUGUCGUAGAUUUAAAGCCUUGCCAAAGCUACUCUUUUGAACUCAAGCUUGUGGAUGAGAAUGGCACUUCUACAGUCGAUUACAAAGCUGUCAACGUAAUUACAGAAGCUUCAGAACCGAAGUUGAGACAACAAAUCAGUGCUAUACCACGAGGAUUUAACGUUUCCUGGCAAUUAACGAAAGAAACAUCUAAAAAAUGUUUGCAUUAUAUCAAUAUCAUGAUAUCCCCAAGAUCCAAAGGCAGUCUCCAUGAGGUGAAUGUUUCUUCUUCUUCUUCAAGUGUAGAAAUAGAUAAUUUGGUACCAUGCAGGACUUACACUAUAACAACUCAAGUAGUGGGGAUUGGUGACAAACGUAGUAAGAAGUUAUCUGAGAGUAAAUCAGUCAGCCCACAAGUAUUGCCAGCUCCAGGGGAAGCAACUAUAUUACAAAUUACAAAAAGGAAUGCAGUGGUGAAGUGGAAAAUCGAUACGUCAGGCUCGGACUGCGGAUUCACUGAAUUUAGGGUGAGCUGCGAGCCUUCGGCAGGAGACGUGUCCUUCUCCUCACUUACCUCACCAAUAACAGUCACCAUCAAUGGGUUGGUGCCCUUCAUGCAAUACAAAUGUAAAGGUGUAGUCGUCAACAAUGCAGGAUCAUCCAAUUUCUCAGAAGUUACCUUCAGUACAUCGGAGGGUGUUCCUAGCCAACCGAAAAAUGUGACAGUGACUGCCAUCUCGAGCUCUGAAGUGCGAGUCCAAUGGGAUCCUCCAGACCAGAUGUGUGGAAUACUCAACAACUACACUGUUGUACUACAGAACCGCACAUUGAGGUACAAGGUAGCACCAGGCUGCCAGCUGCCAACCCUCCAGCCUCUACAGGUGGUGGUGAACGGAACUACGACGACUGCGGUGAUCACAGAACUGCCAGCCGACAUGCAGUUCCAGGCGACUGUAGCGGCCGCGACUAAGAACGGUGGCUCCGGACCUCCCAGUGCGCCUGUUACCUCUGAAACUCUUACUGCAGUGUCCGAUCCAGUCCGCAACAUGAGUGUAACAGUGACACAGAACUCCACAAAACUGUGGUGGCUCCCUCCCUGCAACACAGGUGGACCGCUCAGUCAGUUCUUGGUUCAGUUAAAUGGUUCAACAACUCUUCAUCAUAACCUACAACAGGGAAGGGACCUAAAUGAAAGUUACAGUGAUAUAUACAACAAUUCCCUUCUGAAAGCAGAGACUUCUUAUGAAGUAACGAUUAUACCAGUUGGUUAUAAUGAAACAUAUGGCCAACCUAAAUCUGAAAUCUUUACUGUCCCUCCAAGAAUACCUGCUGAACCUGAUGAAGAGAAGUUCAAGUCCUUGCCUCCAGUUGAAUCUUCAAGUCGUUCCGCAGUGGUCACCAUCCACAGAGACACUUUCCCCAACACUGAAGGCACUGUCCGCUACUUCACUAUUCUCGUGGCUGAGAGUUUCCCACAUGGACCAUGUCACGGUUGGCUGACAAACGGAACACAGUCUACACUCAACACUUGGGCUAAGGCUCGCCAGUCCAGGCCAACACCUCCCUAUCAGGCUCGUCCACCCUGGCCAAACCCUUUUCAGUCGUCAUCCCUGGAAGAGGUCGAGGUGGAAGUGGGGUCGCAGAAGUGUUCUGAGACAGACUACGCAACUUACUGCGACGGUCCCUUGGAGUCUGGCACUGCCUACGAGCUGCGGAUCAGAGCGUUCACUGCUACAGGAUACCGGGACUCCCAGUCUAUCAAGUUUCAGACAGGUCAACUGAACCUGACAGAAUACCCAACUGCUUUUGGUAUUGUGAUACUUAUUGUCUUGGCAAUUGCAAUUACAAGUGCGGGUAGUUUUAUUGUCUGGAGAAGAUGCAGUGACAAAAAAAAGUACACAAUAAAGAAGAAACCAAAACUGAAGAUAACUGAAAUUUCUGACUUGUGUGAGAGUCUAACCAUCGAACAGUUUUUGCAAUACACUGAAAAUGUCUUGUCAUCACCAGGUCUGUUAAAGACAGAGUUUAAUACUUUAGAAAAUGAAAAUAUCCAGUAUCCUCAAGUAAUUGCAAAGUUGGAACAUAACAAGGCGAAAAACAGACAUUACAAUAUUUUGCCAUAUGAUGAAACUCGGGUAAUACUGGAAGGACAUCAUGAAAACGAUUAUAUCAACGCUUCUCAUGUCAUGUUACAAGAAGCCAAGUCAGUAAAUUACAUAGCUUGUCAGGCACCUAAAGCCAACAGCUGUGGAGACUUUUGGAAAAUGAUUUUCCAGUUUCGUGUGAAAAUAAUUGUAAUGCUUUGUACGCAGGCUGAACUAGAAAAGACAAAAGGCUUUAUAUACUAUCCUCGUCCGAGAGAAGUUGUCAUGUACGAUGAUAUUGUUAUCGCCUGUCGUAAGGAAGAAGAGUUUUCAAGUUACAUUGUCAGACACAUUGUUGCCGAUAAGGGAGGUGUUGUAUUGAAGAUGAAACAGUUUAACUUCAUUGGAUGGCAACAAUUUAGAGUUCCAGACUCACCAGACUUAAUGGUGAAGUUCAUCAAUGCUGUGCAACACGUAAGCAAAGGCAAAGAACACUAUAUGGUCGUACACUGUUGUGCAGGUGUUGGCAGAACUGGUACAUUUAUAGCCAUUGACGCCCUAAUGAGGUUGAUACGCCAAAAGUGGAACUGCACCUUCAACAUAUUUGACCUAGUUCACAAAAUGAGGCAACAGAGGUGUAAAAUGGUGCAGACAGAGGGCCAAUACAGAUACAUCUACGAGUGUAUAAAAUACGCUUUGGAAAAUCACAGAUCACCUUUUCUGAAAGUGAGAAUGUAUUUAUUCAAGAGAUCCCAGAAAGGAAGGAGAUCAGGAGAAACAGAUGAUAAUGAGCUGAUGCAGCUGGAGGAUAUAUCUUGUCCUUAAACUCUGCAGUAAUGUGAGUUGAACCACACUGACAUAUGCAAUUGAAUGCAGGAAGGAGGUCAGGAGGAUCAGAUAAUAAUGGGCUGAUACAGCUGGAGGAUAUGUCCUGUUCUCAAAACCCACUAAGCAAACCAUAAAGACAUGGUGAAACAGCACUGAAGUUACUUACAACGCUGAUGGUACAUGAUCUGUUUAAAGGAAGAAGAUAAUGUUAUAAACGUCUAUAUUAUAGCAUGAUAUUUAAUAAUAGGCUGUAAACAGUUACCCCCAAAACAUAUACACUGUGAAAGACAUUUUCCUGUAUACAUUUAAAUGCAUAUGCUGAAGUAGACCCAUUAUAUACAUAAUUUUAAUUUAAUUUUAAAAUACAACACUAGAACUAUAGUAAAUUCACAAACGGUUUAUCAAAUUACACAGGAAUAUAAAUAUUGUUAACAAUUAUGUAGAAUAUUAAUAUCAAGUGUUCACACAAUAUCAUAUGAACAAUAGGUUUAAUAUAUUUACUUAUUAUUUACUAUUUUUAGGAUUACUUUAUGAAUAUAUAAGUUUUAAUAUGUGACUGUGUUCCAUUAAUAUUUAGAGGUAACUUAAUGUUUGAGUAACAGCAUGCUCAAUAUACUUUUCUUGAUUGGUGCUUCAACACUUUCUUGCCAUUCAUUUUAUACUGCAAAUCUUUAAAAAAAUUACAAAUCCAUGUACAUAACACUUUUGAUUUGGUAUCUCGUGACAUGUUAUUCUCCAUAAAGUAAAACAUUAACUUUCUUGAAAGGAAAUUUCAACAUCUACAAUGCUGCUAUGCAUCAUCUGUAAAAGAAUAGCAACCACAAUUUAUCUAAUUGGCACUGGCUUAACGUUGCUACUGAAAGUAAUGUAUGUAAAAAUAAUUAAAGACUCACAUAAAUAAAAUUUAGUCUUCUUUUAUUUUGUUGUACUGUAGUAAAAUAGUGAAAAGUAAAACAAAACUCUACAGGAAUGAAAGUAAUAAUCUUGAUUGGCUGUCUAAAGAAACUAUUGACAUUACAUGGAAUAAAACCCGUGUACUAAUACUAAUGAAUAAUGUGCUUACAGGUAAAAUUGCCCAAAUGUUGUAUCAAAACCAUUUGGCUUUUGAGAGGGCAAGGACAAUGUAAUAGUUUAAAGUUACAAAAGAUGGAAUAAUUUGCCCCUUUUAUACAUGUGAAAAAUUGUAACUAUAGGGUACAAUGUAUAAAUAUUGCUUAUGUUCUUUUAGUUAACAUUAUUAGUGGGAUCUUAAAAAUAGGUACCGUAAUUAAUUAUUGUUUUAUCAUGGAAUACUAUAGCUAUAUCAAUUUCCACACAUAACAUGUACGCUACCAAAGGUUACGCGAACAUUAAGUGGUGUGUCCAGCCUUAGACAAUACCCCGCUAAAUGAAGUAAAAGUAUUAAAUAAGGAAACAUAUUUCAUAAGUUUUACAUUAAAAACUUGAUAUUUCCGUACUAUUCAAUUGCUAGGAAUAUAAAAUUACACGAAUUUGGCUAAAAUGUAAUUACAAAAUUUCAUAUACAUUAAUCAUUGAUAUUCAGGCAAUUUAAUGUAACAAACAAGGCAACUUUAUCUGCGGAAACUACUUUUUAUCAUUAUAACUUCAUAUUAUAAUUCGAACACAAUUUUUAAUAUUCUGUUCACUAUGCUUUCUAAUAAAGUUUUUUUCGUUGGAGAUUGUGUGGAAGCUAAGACCUGCAUUCAUAUUAAUUUUAUUGCUAGGAAUAUAAUCGAAUUUGUCUCCUCAUUAUGUAUGUGGCAGUUGGUUUAUUAUACUAUCCGAGAGUUUCUCAUUUAAAAUAUUACAAUUUGAGUCUUGAUGUUUAAAAUGUUUAUAUGUUUAAUGUUCUCCUGAGUACGGAGUGUACGGCCUUUUUUAACAUUUAAAAACAUUUUCUAAAUUAUCAUUAAUUUUUCUCAGGGCGUUGCUGUUUUCAAUAAGUUGCUGGGCAAAAGUUGACUUUAUUUAACCAUGAGUUGGACGAUAAUCUUUAAAUCUGGUUUUAAGAGUCCGCUCAGAUUGCCCGAUGUGUAUGUUGUUACAGUCACUAAAUUUUUACAUGUAGACACCAGUUCAUUGUUUAGCUCGUGGUGAUUGUUGUUAUUCCUGUUCAGUAUGUUACGUUGUUUUAAAUGUCAAAUGCAUAUGUACAUAAUGUGUAUUAGGACUAAUCAAACCCAUAUUUUUGUUAGUUGUAAUUUAAUUUUAAAGUACAUUAGUAUACAUAAAUUGUAAUUAUCAUGACGUAGGUACGUUAUUAUUUGAGAUUUUAUCCUUUUUGUUUCAAUAAAUAGCUGAUCAUUUUUGCAAAGCUGUGCAUUGUUGAACAGCUGAACGAAUGUAAGCAGUUCUUGCGAGUGCAAUAUUUGAUAAUGUGUUGUCACAAGACAAUUACUAUUUAAUAUUCGAAACACAUUUCGAAGGUGUAUUGCAUAACAUUCGUUACCAGUUAAUAAUUCUUGUUUAUUGAAGUCUUUGGUUUAGGAACGACGAUAAUCAUAAUGAUACCGGAAAAUCAAUAUCUUCAAUUUCUCUUCGAGCACCUUGCAUAAGCAGUAAUGCUUUUGUUUCAAAAAUUUCAAAAUUUCAUAUUAACUAUGCUCAAAGGAUUGAAUUAGCAUUACCAAAAAUACUUUGUUUCCUUUAAAUACAUGGAGGAUAAACAAAACCGCCCUGUUCAUCGAUUCACACUGUACAAAUGUUCACCAUUGUUUCUGCGUGGAUAGAAUACGAACUUGCUUACCAGUAUGGCUUAUAAGUACAAUUAUAACUAUAUGUAGGAAUAUUAUGUGUCAUAGCCUCUUAGUCCUUACAUAGGAAAUGUAUAUAACAUAUUAUUGCGAUAUUGAGUUGUAAUAAUUGGUACUAAUCGUAAAUAUAAUAAAAUGUCUAAUAUAAACAAGUAGUAAAAAACAGUAACAAAUAAUAAAGUGCUAUAAGUAAAUAGCAAGCAAAUUUUGUUGAUGUGUAUAAAUAUUCACCAUUGUUUCUGUGUGGAUAGAAUACGAACUUGCUUACCAGUAUGGCUUAUAAGUACAAUUAUAACUAUAUGUAAGAAUAUCAUGUAUCAUAGCCUCUUAGUCCUUACAUAAGAAAUGUAUAUAACAUAUUAUUGCAAUAUUGAGUUGUAAUAAUUGGUACUAAUCGUAAAUAUAAUAAAUGCAUAAUGUAAACAAGUAGUAAAAACAGUAACAAAUAAUAAAAGUGCUAUAUGUAACUAGCAAGCAAAUUUGUUUGUUUUAUCCUUGGUUUCUAGCCUGAAGAAGAUAUUCUGAUACAUAAAAUAUCAGCCAAUUGAACAUAAUCUGUUCCCAAUCACUGAAUAAUUAAUUCUGGCUUGUAAAAAAACCUUAAAAUUUUGUGUACAUCAAAAUGGAUGUUUUAUAAAAGUUUGAGUGUAAAUCCAACAGGAGAGAUAAGACUAAAGAUAAACUAAAUAUGUAAAUUAUAUAUUUAAAUGCUUAUAAUUAUGAUAAACCAGAAUAUUAUCUUUACCUUUCUACAAUAACCAUCAAAUAAAAGGGCUAGAAAACUAGCUCUUUCCAUAAUAGUAAAAUGAAAUGAUAUCAGAAGUUUAAAAAUCAAUCAUUUGAUUUGCUAAGCUUUAUCAAAGGUUAUCACUGGAGAACCUGGAAAAUUGUCGUUUCUCUCUGUCCGUCCACACGGUAUCUCGAAAAUCAAAUACCCUACAGACUUGAAACUUUUCUUGAAGCUUUAGUUCUAUAUGAGGAAUACUGAGUUCAAUUGUGUUGCAUAUUACUCGAAGGGAUAGGUUUACACUAUAAUAUUAUGUAUAUAUGAAUUUUUAUCAGUUGUUUAUCCCUACAUACUGGCAGGAAUCAGGCUCAAUCAUACUACAUAUUUUAUCACAUUCAAUUACUGCUUGGACUGAAUUAAACAUGGGAUAUUACACUUACUGGGAGACAGACAACUGUGUUAUUUUAUUCGGUAGUCCCUAAAGUAGGCUAUGGCCAGGAUGUCAAUCUCCACUUAACAUGGGUAUUAGACCAUAUAUUUCUUUCUAUUAAUGCUUAAAAGAACAUUUCUGUAGGAAAACUUAUAGAUAUCUCUUAAAAGUAGCACCUACUAUAAUAAUUACACUUGUGUAAUUUAAUAUCUAAGUUGCAUAUUGCUAAUGUUACGUAACAUGCGUCUUGCUAUACCCACUAUAACAAACAAGAAAAUUUAAAAACCAAUACAAUACAAAAUAAAAAAAAUAUUUUUGUGAUACAUUUCUAUAACAUCUGUAUCUUAUAAAUUUUUCAAAAUGUCCAAAAGUAACUUGGACCGGAGGAAAUGGCCAGUCAUAGUAAUAAAUACAAUGACUCUACUUUUGCACGUGUUAUAAAAAUAUUGUUUAUUCUACGUUACCAUUUAGGAUACCCUAUUUGUAUUUGUUAUCCAAGGUCAAGUUUAUAUUUCAAUCGGUAAUUUUUAUUCUACUAUUGUACAGUUAUAAGAACACAAUACGGACACAUCUCAUUCACAGAUAGUUUCACAUUAUGUGUUUAUUAUUAUACUAUAAACUUAGAUAUAAACUUUUAAUUCAAAGAUUUUAUCCUGUAUGUUUUAUUAAUGUUUCUUCUAUAGCUUAGUUUUGUUGCGAAAUUGUCAGCAAUUUGCACAAUAAAUAAUUUCUUUUAAUUUA